AUGUCGACGAUAUUCGCCUUGAGCUCUGGUGCACUACCAUCCGCUAUCGCAAUCAUGCGAAUGUCGGGUCCAAGGAGCAAGGAAGUAUUGUCGACAUUAUCAAGAAAGAAGAUACUUCAACCGCGUCAGCUCUUUUAUGCAAGGCUCUACGACCAUGACAAUGGCCUAAUGGAUUCGGCAAUGGCAGCAUACUUACCGGGCCCGUCUACAUUUACUGGUGAAGAUACCACCGAGCUAUAUCUUCACGGCAGCAAAGCCGUCGUUGACACGGUCGCUAAGUGUCUACUCAAAUUUGACGGACUUCGCCAUGCCAAGCGUGGAGAAUUUACCAAAAGAGCCUUCUAUAACGGCAAAUUGGAUCUCACCGCCGCUCGGGGUCUGCACAACUUGAUCAAUUCUGAGACUGAUCGGCAGAGGAGACAUGCUCAGCGCCAGAUGGAGGGCGAUCGCGAUUUGCAGCAGAUUCGCGAUGAACUCUUGGAAGCUUUCGGCCGGGCCACACUUAUGAUCGAUUUUGGUGAACACGUGGAUACAAGCUUAGAAGACAGUUCGGAUACGACAAUUAAUGAAUCGAACGAGAUGUUGCCAUUGUGUCAAACAUCCCUGGUACAACCCGGGACUCAAUUGAGGCUGAAGGAAGCGGAUAUCGUCGUAGCUGUGUCUGAUGCUCGAGAGGACGACAUUGUGCUUGACGAACUUCUCAGCGAUCUACAAGAGGUUGUGAACGGCGCACCGAUCAUUUCUGUGAAAAAUAAAGCCGAUCUAGCAUCUAACAAAGUGCCCGCCAACAAUCAAUCACUGUCCGCUUCUGUUCUCUCAUGUGCGUUGACCACGAAAGGAGUAGAGGAAUUGUGGGCAAAUUUACAGAGGGUGGUUGAUGACAUUUGCCCGGAAGAGAGCGGCCCUGCUUUGACUCAAGUGGAGCUAUUAAUGGAAGCUCAUGACGCCGUUCUUCAGGCUAAUUCAGUGUCGGAUGUGGCUCUGUGCGCGCAUCAUCUACAAAUUGCGCUCGACUGUAUCGGCGAAUUAACCUGCUCCACUGUCAAUGAAGCCAUACUGGAUCGGCUUUUCGCCCAAUUUUGCAUCGGUAAA